GUGAGUUCAGGCGGGCUGGUUGAAAACGCAGGAAGGAGGAUCGUCUGCUUAAUGUAGUGCAACACAAGUAACGAUCAUCCGCUUAGUUUAACGCGCUAGUUCGCGUUCAACUACACGAUUCACCCGCUAAAUAAUCGCACGCACGUUUGUGUUAAAACCAUCGACAGUUAAAACUAGCUUAGCGUGUAGCAGCUAGCACACGUAGCCUGUGUCGACACUGGUCGGUGUUUGUGUUGAUGUAGCAGCGGAUGUAACGUUCUGGUAAAUUGUGUUAACCGGAUUAAAAACUUCUUUAACGUGACCAACUAUGGAGCGACCAUCAAGGAAGACGAAGAGUGUGAACUACCGUGAACCCAAUGACUGUGACGAUGAUGACGAUUUUGCCUGUGCGAAGGCUCCGCCCAGCAAAAAGGCCAGAGACGAUGUGAAACAUCAGGAGCACAAGAAAGCGUCGAGGCAGUCGUCCAGUCAAGAGACCGACUCUCAGUCCAGCGAGAAGAGCAGAGGACCAUUAGAUGAGAGGUUGUGUGAACGAGCUCUAGAGGCAGCCAUCACGCUUUCUCUGCUCAAUACUGCAGAGGAGGUGGAGAGCCAAUCACCAUCCAGUAAAGGAGACGUCAAGGUUCCUAUUCCAUUGGAUGAAAACACAGAUCCCUCGUCCCUGCACACGUCAAACUGCAGCGUGAAUGCUGCAAGUCUGGGCCUGGAUGAAAUCUCAUCAGAAAAGGUGUUACCAGUCUCAUCCAGACAAAGAAAAGCCGCCAUUGAGGAGCAGAGGAAGAACUUGAAGGAAGAAGAUGACGACUAUCGACCCAAACCGAUGCCAGAUUCAGAAAGUGAUGACGAUUUCAGCGAAGCGGAUGAGAGUGAAGAGGAGGAAUUCACCGUGAAGAAAGUCAGCAAGACUAAAAAGAAGGAGCACGUCGCCAAGAAAGAGAAGAUUAAAUCACCACGAGCCUCAAAGAAAGAGAAGCCGCCAUCAAAGCCUAAAUCUGUGGCAGCUGUUUCCACACCAGUGAGAAAUCCUCCAGCUUCCAAACUGGCAUCCGAACGACCCGCUUCAUCCCCCACACUUCCCUCCUUUAAACCUUUGGAUUCUCUGAGUCCAGCAGGGGGCAGGAUACCCAAGUGGAACCCACCAGGUCUGAUGGGUAAAAGUCCCACGUCGUCCCACAAUCCCUCAGGGAAGUCUCCGGGUCAGGGUCUGCGACUCGGACUGUCUCGUCGUGUCAGAGUUAAACCGCUUCAUCCCAGCGUUGCAAGUCACUGACUGAACUCUUCCACUGUCCAUGUUUGUGUCAGUGAUGUUCAGCUAUAAUAUCCUUUUAGCUUUAAAUACUACUUUUAAAAAAUGUCGCUUGUAAAUAUUUCUUUCUUGAUUUGUACAAUAAUAAAUAUGACGUGAUUUCCUGCUUUGGCCACAAAUGCCAUAUUUUGCCUCAAGAAAAAAAGGUCAAGAAGAGUUAUAGUGAUAAUAAUUAAGACAUUAAUUUGUCAUGGUUUCAUGAGUACAGUAAUUUUGGGAGAUUUACAAAUUUCACCUUUUCUCUUUUUUCAUUCUUGGUCUUAUUUUACUAAUCUCUCUAUCCAUUUUACAAUGGCGUGCAAUUAUUGUAUAUUGUGUACAUAAAUUUGUCAAAUAAAAAGUAAAAGGCAGUUUCAA